AUGCGACAAGCAUCGUCCGGCAUGUGGGCGUUGCCAGAGGUUCGCACUUCCUUUCUUUGCCCGCAUUUCAACUCCCUAAUCUUCCUCGCCGUCUGCAGACUUGGGCUUGAUUGCUCAUACGAUAAUCCAGAUAUUAUCCAGAAUGCCACUACCACAAGAAUACCCACUCCUGAAGACCCUGGAAACACAUCGCGGGUCACAUUGGCCCUUCCUAUGGAGCUCGAUCCAUUAGCAUACUACCCCAUUCAAGAACGAUGGUACAUGCCAUUCCUUCGGCAACAAUUCCUGCAAGAUUUUGGAAUGUCAAAGAGCUCUGUUGAUCUCAACAGUAUCGCCUACCAAAUGCGAACGGUCUAUAUGCGAGAGAGCUCGACUGACCCUUGUAUGUUCCACGCCAGUCUUUACGCUGCCUCCGCACACCUGGACGCGGCCCGGAACGACUGUGAAAACCCAGUAACACUUUAUCAUCAAACCCAGACAUUGCAACUCGUCAGGCAGCGUAUCGAACAGUCACACCGCGGCAUUGAUGAGGGGCUAGAUGGGGCCAUUGCUGGCGUCAUUCCGCUAGCUUUCUUCACUGUGAGUUUAUCCUUAUUGGCGAAGCGAAAUGUUCACUAA